GCAAAAAGAGUUUUACACUAUACUUUACAAGUGAAAUAUAAAUCAAAAUGAUGAAGUUUAUGGUAGUAGUGGUGAGUUUGGUGCUGACACUUUCUUAUGUUCAUGCAGAAACAGGCACUGCAACUUUUUAUACGCCCCCUUAUGUUCCGUCUGCAUGCUUUGGGUUCGACGAUGAAGGGACAAUGAUAGCAGCAGCAAGCGAUGGAAUAUAUAAUAAUGGAGAGGUUUGUGGAAGAAUGUAUAGUGUGACAUGCACUGGACCAACAAACUUGGGAGUUCCACAGCCAUGCACAGGCAAUUCUGUCACUGUCAAAGUGGUUGAUCGCUGCCCAUCUCCUGGUUGCCAGGCCACCAUUGAUCUCUCUCAGGAAGCUUUCGCCAUUAUUGCCGACCCUGAUGCUGGAAAGAUCAACAUUGAAUUUACUCAGGUCUGAAGAAUGUCUCCAUAUGCCAUCUAAAUUUCAAAUAAUAAGCAAGGAAAGAAAUUGAACAUCAUCAAUUUGAUCUUGUACUUGCCAAUAAAUUUAAGAAAAAUAUGUUUCCUGUGUUGCUUAAAAAGAUGAAAUAAACAGGAUCCCUUACAGCAGCCAAUAUAUACACAUUUUAAUAUAUAUAU